AUUCAAUGUGUCCCAUAGACUAAAAACUCCGUAUAUAAAUAGUACGUAUGCAGCUGCUGGUUUGAUUAUAUAUGUAGAGCCUUAAGAAAUUAAAUUACACUGAGAAUUGUUUAAUCGGUGAAUAGAGUGAUGGAUAUGGAUAUCAUAGCCAUUCCCCUCCCUUAUCAAGGUCACAUAAACCCUAUGCUUCGUUUUUGCGGCUGCUUAUCUGCUAGAGGCCUCAAAGUCACCUUAGUCCUCACCCAUGGCGUCGCCAAAUCCAUGCUUUCCUCACUCUCCGGCGCAACCGUGGAGCUCAUUUCCGACGGCACCGACUCCGCUGACCCCCCGCGCACCUUCGGAGAAUACGUCACGAGGAUGCGGGCCGCGAUCUCCGAGGGGGUCGCGGGGGUCAUUGAGAAGAAAAAGAAGAGUGGGUGCGCCGCCGCUGGCGGCGCAGUUGUGGUGUACGACUCCUUCAUGCCGUGGCUGAUGGAGGUGGGAAGGGCGGGCGGGCUGCGGGUGGCGGCGUUUUUCACCCAAAUGGCGUCUGUGUGUAGCAUCCAUUAUCAGAAUAUGCUGGAAAGGGAGCGGGAUUGCAAGAGUUCGGAGGGGGUGUGUCUGCCGUGUUUGCCGGUGAUGGAUUCCGGCGACCUGCCGUCAUAUUCCUACUUCGGAGAUAUUGCAGAAGAAGUUGCCGUGUUUGCGGGAAACCAGGCCUCCAAUAUGCACGAAGCUGACUGGUGUUUGUUCAACACAUUUGACGCCUUGGAACAUGAGAUAGUGAAGCAUAUGGGAGCAAAAUGGGCUGUGAAGACCGUAGGACCCUUGGUUCCAACACCCUCCAAGAGAUUGAUGGAUGUGAAACGUGAUAGAAUUGACCUGUUCAAGUUAGACAAUGAAGUUUACAUAAAAUGGCUAGACAGCAGAGAACCAAAGUCGGUGGUUUAUGUAUCAUUUGGGAGCCUAAUUGUCUUGUCGGAAGAGCAGAUGGAGGAAAUAGCAAUGGGUUUGGCUCAAUCCAAGAAAAGUUUCAUAUGGGUUGUUAGGGAAUCUGAAGUGUCCAAACUUCCAAAAGAUUUCAAGUCAAAGACUUGGGAGAAAGGUAUCAUCUUGCAAUGGUGUCAUCAGGUUGAGGUCUUGUCACACCAUGCAAUCGCAUGCUUCAUGACGCAUUGCGGAUGGAACUCGACGAUCGAAGCACUUACAUUGGGCGUGCCGAUGGUGGGCAUUCCCCAACAUGAUGAUCAACUAACCAAUGCAAAAUUUAUGGAGGAUGUUUGGCAAGUCGGGAUCCGGAUCAAGACUAGCGAGACAAAACUCGUGACGAGACAUCAGAUCAGUGGAUCCAUAAAGCAAGCAACUGAGGGAGCAAAAGCCAAUGAAUUGCAGAGAAAUGCAGCUAAGUGGAAACGGUUAGCAGAAGAGGCAACAUGUGAAGGAGGAAGUUCUGAUGUGAAUAUAAGAGAUUUUAUCUCACAUAUGGCUUUUGAUGAGUCAAAUACCAAGUAGUCGCAACACUUUGCCAAACAAUUCUCAAAUUAUUGUGUGAUGUUAAAGGGAGAUUAAAUAUUGACACUUCGAGAAGGCAUUCCUAUAUGACAUACAUUCACUAGAUGAUGAUCAGAUACCUUACUUUUCAUCACCAAAUGAAUGUGUGUUGCAUGAAAGCAUAUCCUUGAAGUGUCCACGUUUAAUGUUCUCUACAUAUUUCCUUUAGAUUUAGAACCAGCUAAAAAAGUUUAUAUACUGUGUUCAAAAUUUGCAUAUAGAUUAAUGCAGCAAUCUUAAUUCUUAUACGUUCCAACUAAUUUUCCCAACUGUAUUUUAGUAACUGCACUAAAACGUAGGUCCAUAUUAAAUAAACACCAUACACCAGUGUCUGUUAAAUACCCUAGUCAUGAAAUAAAGAGAUUAAUA